AAUAACAAUAACAAUAAUAAUAAUAAUAUCAGCAAAACAUUAAUCAAAAACCACAUUUUUAAUUGUGUCUACAGAUAAGUGUGGCGUUUUUCGUCUGUAUCACUUUCGUCUCAGCACAGACUCUCACACCCGCCCUGGCAAAGCUAAAAACACAGUCAUUGCUAAUCAUCACGCAUUAUAACGCCAUUAAAAUUAUUCACUACACUACAACCCUAUGGGAUUCACUUUUCUUCCAAUCUAAGCCUUUCGGCUUUUUUUCUCUCUUCCCCAAUUUAUACCCCUCCAUCCCUCCCUCUUCCACAGGAAGCAUCAGCGCCGAAACAGAGACCAUGACCUCCGUCUGCAUCUCCAACUGCGUCAGCGACGCUCGAGACCCCCGUGUUCCCGUCAGAGCCACGUACGUUAACCUCUACAAGUGGCCGGAAUCGGACGCCGAGUUCGUGAGGUCGGUGAGCCAUAACCGCCGAAAAGGAUCGCAGGUGUACGGACACCCCAGGGUGGUCGACAGUAUCUCCUGCAGGCAGAUGUAUCUGAGAAGCUACAAAUUUUCCAGGAAAGAGAGCGUGCCCGAGAAAACCCAGAAGUGCUUCGGGAGGGUGAAGGAGAAAGUGGGUCAGGGGAAGAAGAACAGGCCUGCUUCGGCGAGGAAAAGGAAGUGUUUGGUUUGGAGGAAAGUGAAGGAAAUCUCGUGCUCUGCACUCUGUAGGAUUUUCCACAAUUUCUUGUCUUGUGCUGCUAGCGUAGAUGUCGUCGAUGAAAAGGAUUGACGUUUUAAUUUGAGGUUGCGAAUCGUAUUUUGCUUGUUUGCUU